AAGUUUGACACCACACGCCGCAAAGAGGACACCCAACCCCAACCAGGACGAGCCCCUUUUCAGUAGUAAUCUUCUUUCUGUUUCAUUUGCCUGACCUCCUCUUCAGCCCGAGAACAUGGAAACAGCGGCCGCGGUUACUCUUCUGGCUCUGGUUUUGGCGAUGGCUGGCAUCAGCCAGGCUCUUCACAUCCAGGGUGCUCUGGAGAAAACUGACAUUGUGCCUGGGAGCUCGGAGGAGUCCGUGGCUGAACGCCUGCUGGGGCCGGAGAUGGAAAACAGAGAAAACAGUAUUGACGAACGUCUGCUGGCCUCAGUGUUGAGAGCUCUGCUGCUUGGAUCCCAAAGAGAAACCAGGAACUCAGUCCUCCAUCAGCCUCAGAGGUUUGGCCGCGGCUCACGGGGACCCGUCGUGUCAGAGGAUCAGAUACUUACCCACGACUGGGAGGCGGCCCCCGGUCAGAUCUGGAGCAUGGCCGUACCGCAGAGAUUUGGCAGGAAGUAG